AUGUCGCAAGACACCGGCUUGUGGAGCGUCCGCAGGCCCCGCGAGACCCUUGGAGGCCUGAACCCAAAUACAGGAAUACCCGCGCCCGGAUCGACCAUGAAGCGCAACGCCAGCGGCCAUGUGCGGGCUCAAUCAGGAUCUAGGCAGUCCUUGGCCAACCGUCCUAGCCAGCCACUCUUUUCGCGCACCUCGUCCGGAUCCAACCUUGCAGACCUUGGGCUCUCCUCAGUCAAGAGACAGUCGCUUGCACCAAAGGCUGCGUACGCUGCGACUAUGGGAACCCCCGCCGCGGCACGCACCUCGACGGAAAACGAACGACGAAGCAGCGUAUUUCGCCCGCGUUCCUCCAUGAACGGCCCUGUAAACAACCAUCAAAGCUUCUUCCAAACGACGCAUCAACCCGCCGGGGUGCCUAAAGAUCCCCGACCGCUCAAGGAUAGAGCUUUCCAAGCGCGAAUCGGACAGGAACUGAUGGAGUAUAUGACGCAAAAUAACUUUGAGCUCGAAAUGAAGCAUGUUCUGUCGCCCAACGUCAUGAAAUCGCCAACGCAAAAAGACUUCAACUACAUGUUUCAAUGGCUCUACCACCGGAUUGAUCCCAGCCAUCGAUUUCAGAAGAACAUCGACCAAGAAGUGCCUCCCAUUCUGAAGCAGCUGCGCUAUCCUUUUGAGAGAAGCAUCACCAAGAGUCAAAUUGCCGCUGUUGGUGGCCAAAAUUGGUCUACAUUCUUGGGCCUUCUUUACUGGAUGAUGCAGCUUGCGCAGAUGCUCGACGGCUAUGUCGCCAGAAGAUACGACUACGCAUGUAUGGAUGCUGGGGUUGAUGUUAGCGGUGACCACAUCAUUUUCGACUUUCUCAGCAGCGCCUACCGAGACUGGCUAGCAAUGGAUGAGGACAUUGGUGAUGAGGAUGCAGAAAAAGUGCUAGCACCGCAUGUGUCAUCCAUGGCACAGGCUUUUGAUCGCUCCAACGGCAGAUAUACCUCGGAGCUGGAGAUGCUUGAAGCUGAGAAUGCACGCCUUCUAAAGGAGAUUGCCGAUUUGGAGAAAUCAACCCCCGAUCCUGCUGUUCUUGAUGACCAUUUCAAAAUCAUGGAGGAGGACAAGGUCAAGUUUGAAGACUACAACCACCUCGCUGUCCAGCGCUCCCAAAAGUACGAAAACAGAAUACAAGUCCUGCAAGAGGAGCUGGAGAAGUUGAAUGACGAGCUCAAAGAAGCAGACGAGGAGCGGAGAGGUCUUCAGAAAUCGGUAGAUGCCUUGGGUAUCAGCAUGCAGGAUAUCGACCGCAUGACAUCUGAGAAGGAGCGUCUACAAAAAGGAAUCGAAUCUGCCAGUCAACGACUGGACGAAAUUAAGAAGAAGGUGGCCGAGAAGGAAGCCGAAGCGAGCCAGAAGCUAGACGAUCUGGAAGACCAGGUGAAAAGGUACAACUCGCUCGCAUACCAAAUUGCGUUACUUCCACCGGGCGCAGCCAAUGCCAAGGGAAAGGACUACGAACUCCGUCUCACGGUCAACGACAGCUCCGACUUUACGUCAAGUAACUUUUAUGGGUUGAACAACGCAAAGUCUGGAGCUACGGACCGACUACUGGCGGACGCUACCAGCGGCUACCAGCCCAGCCACAUUAUCAAUGUUGACUUGCGCGGCCAAGUACGUAACGGAUUUCUGUCGCUCCGCAAGGAAAUCUCGGAACGCCGUAGUGCAGCCAUGGACGCCAUGAUCAAGGAUCACGAUCUUCUGGACGGUAUCAAGGAAGCCAUCGAAGACAAGCGAAGUGAAGUCGAGGCCCUCAACCACCGCGUUCGUGCUGCCGAAGAGGAAUACGAAAACAUGAGAGAAGUGACGACGGCGCAAAAGAUGGCUUCCGAUACGCAAAUUGAGAAGAUGGAGAGAGAUCUUUCCAGAAUGCGGGCCGGUUUGACUGAGUCGGUUCAGCUUUUGGAGCAACGUGAAAUGAACACGACUAUCGAGUAUGAACAGCUGGUUCUUAGAGCAAACUCGCUGCGCGAAGAGCUGCACACCGAGAUUGACCGCAUGUUGAAUGAUGUGAUCAAGUUCAAGAUUCAUGUUCAGAAGAACCUGGACGACUACGAAGGCUUCGUGGCCGAUGAGCUGGAGAAGGAGCUUGGGGUGGAAGAGUUGAGAGAUGAUACCCAUGCAAUGGACCUGUGA